GGGUACAUGGGCCCGGCAUCAUCCUGGGCAUUUUGUAGACGAGUCUUAGCCCUCCUUGGCAAGAAUCUUCCAGAAGCCAACAAUGAGUCUUUUCCUUGGCAUCUUGACGGAGUGGCAUUCCGCCUACAAUGGAAACCUCUGAUGCCCGAUGAACCACCAGACGUGUCCAACCUGCCCCCUUCGGAUUACGCACUCUUCCUCAUACAAACAGCAAGGUUCUACCUUGGUCCGCUGGCGUCUCUCAUCGAUGAGACCGAAUUCAUCCAUCAUAUCAGGGAGCUCUAUGAGGAUGCCUCGGCCAAGGCGUCAUCAUGUAAGCUAUGGUAUGCUCAAUAUUUGCUAAUGCUGGCAUUCGGCAAGGCCUUUCUGAGUGGGAGGAACCCCGAUGGAAGCCCACCUGGAUAUCAAUAUGCCGCCAGGGCAAUGCAAUUGAUGCCUGAGUUGGCGGGUAUUGCUCUGGAUCCAGUGCUGUCCGCCCAAGCUCUCACCUUGGCGGCUAUCUACUUUCAAUCCAUUGAUAUGAGAGUAGCUGCAUUUCAGCAUAUAGGACAUGCCCUCCGCAUCUGCGUGUUGUCUGGCUUCCAUAGACACAUGCCGGAGGAAGCUGUUGGCGCUCAACACUCCAAGCGUUGCCACAAAAUCUUUUGGGUUGUCUAUAUGCUAGACCAAGAGUUUGCAGCCCUCAUUGGCGCGACGAGCUCUAUUCGUGAUGAAGACAUCACAAAUAAGCUACCUUCGCAAGCGGACAACUCUUUGAACGCGCUUAGUCUCACGCUCCACGUUCAAUUAGCCCGUUUAAUAGCGAGAAUCCUUGGAAGUAUGUCGCCACGUCCCACUCCUUCUAUCCUAAGAAAUCUGGCCGAGCUGAAUCGAGACCUGAAUACCAUCAUCAACAAUCACUUCCGAGACUCGAUUAGUAAAGCUUCUAGAACAGCGACAAGACUUCUUUUACAAUAUCACCACUCAAAGACGCAAGUCACUCGCGAACUGACACUGUCUCGGCCCGUCUCGUCAUUAAUACAAUCCUGCGUCGACUCUGCCAUAGCCAUCCUUAAGACACUGCAGGCAUUUCUACCCUUCCAAAUCGAAUACGCCUCCUCUUCCGCAUUCUUGCUCCACCUCAUUCCUAUUAUAUGUCCAUCACUCCUCCCGGACUAUUCAUGGCGAGACGACGUUAGAUAUGUUCUUGAUACCCUAAUUGCCAAGGGAAGUCUCGCUGCUCCUCUACGAAAGGUUGAGCUGGAACAGCUAGAGCAGAAGUUGUCCGCUCUAACGCCACCGAGCGAUAUCGCCAGCCCUCAACCUCCUCCCGAGGUACACGAAACUCAAUUAGAACAUAGCGUCGCUGAACAUGUUCAGCCGCACGCGCCUGACGAAAUGGGAUGGGAUCUUUUUGCAGCCAAUGCCAUGGCUGGAUUGACUCCUGGGGAGUUGCUGGAUCUUGCAGAGCAACUGGAUGUGGAUAGCUUUCUAUACCAGCCUGAGCUGUAG